UUUGGUUGUUUAUACAGAAGAGGGGGGAGCAGAAUGGCUGUGAAAGAGAGGCUGCUUGAUUAAAAUUGGCAAAGGAGGAGACGGAGUAGGAAGCGAGACCCAGGUGGCAGCAGCGACAAAGCUAUGUAUAGGGACGUGUCGAGCUGCAACACAUACAACUAUGGAGACGCAGCGUACUGGGACGCUCGUUAUGUGCAGGAAACAGGGCCUUUUGAUUGGUACCAGCGUUACUCUGCUCUUCGUCCCUUCGUUCACAAGUACAUCCCUACCUCUUCUCGCGUACUUAUGGUUGGCUGCGGCAACGCCGUUAUGUCAGAGGACAUGGUCAAGGAUGGUUAUGUAGACAUAACAAACAUUGACAUUUCUUCAGUGGCCAUCGACAUGAUGCGAAAGAAGUAUGAAUACCUACCUCAGCUGAAAUACAUGCAAAUGGAUGUCAGAGAUAUGAGCUUCUUUCCAGAUGAAUCAUUUGAUGGUGUUAUCGAUAAAGGAACUCUCGACUCAUUGAUGUGUGGUACCAGUGCUCCAAUCAGUUCUACCCAAAUGCUUGGAGAAGUGAGCAGGCUUCUCAAACCUGGAGGUGUCUAUAUGUUGAUUACUUAUGGCGAUCCAUCAGUUAGGAUUCCUCAUUUGAACCGAAUGUUAUACAAUUGGGAAAUAACAUUAUACAUCAUGCCCAGACCAGGUUUCCAAAAGCCAGCAGGUUGUAGCUCUUCAUCAAAAUCAUAUCUUGAGCCUGUUCCAUUGACAGAGCAAGGUCUCCUUCCUGCAAGUUUUGUUCUGGAAGAUAAAGAUUCUCACUAUAUUUAUGUGUGUAAAAAGAUUGAUGGGAUGAAUUGAUGGAUCUAGGGCUAAUGUUAUAGAGUGAUGGCUGAAAAGGAGUUGGCAAAGGAAGCCAGUUCCUAUUCAGCUUAAAUGAUUUUUAUCCACACAUCUAAAUCAUUGUUUUAGCUGCCUGUAUAAGUAGGCCUCAUUGGAGUCAAUACUGUUUCUAACAAUUAUGGUUUUUUCUUUCAGUCAAAUCAUUAACUUUGUCCUAAGCAUUUGGAUGCAGAAUUGUGUGAUCUAUGAAGAGUAGAGACACUACUGUGGAUAUAACUUCCUUGUUUAGUUGCUGUU